AUGGGUACCACCACUUUUAGCCCCUUCACCCUUCUCUGGUGGUUUGAUGUGAACCAGUCUUGUCUCUUCAGCUCCACUGGGGCCCAGUGCAUGUCCCCAGCCACACCUGGUGGGGCAGCUGACUUGAUAAAAAGUAGCUCCGAGGGGGUGGGCGGGGGCUAUUCGAGGAGCAGGAGGAUGAGCGCUGAGUAUGGACAGCGGCAGCAGCCCGGGGGCCGUGGGGGUCGCAGUUCUGGGAACAAAAAGUCCAAAAAGCGCUGUCGGCGCAAGGAAUCCUACUCCAUGUAUAUCUACAAGGUGCUGAAGCAGUCUGACUGUGAGGGGCACAAAUUGCAACUGAUGGAACCCCAGCUCAGGGGUGAGGCUUGCAGUGUAGGCAGGACCCCCCGUCCCCCAGCCCCUUCCAUUAAGCGAGUGGUGCUGCCCUCUCUCCAGGUGCACCCUGACAUCGGCAUCUCUGCCAAGGCCAUGAGCAUCAUGAACUCGUUUGUAAACGAUGUGUUUGAGCGGCUGGCGUGUGAGGCUGCCCGGCUGGCCCAGUACUCGGGCCGGACCACCCUGACAUCCCGAGAAGUCCAGACAGCCGUGCGUCUGCUGCUGCCUGGGGAGCUGGCCAAGCACGCUGUGUCCGAGGGCACCAAGGCUGUCACCAAGUACACCAGCUCCAAGUGACCCAGGGUCUGACAAA